AAUUGCUUUGCAACUAUGGCCCGUGAUGAGAGUCCUCGGAAUUACUUUCGCAAUAAUUAUUUCGCACCGGCCAUUCGCCUUGUGGAGGAGGCCAGGGUGCAGCGUUUCGAUGGUCUGUUUGCCAUGUACUUCAACACCUUUUUGGGUGCCGCAAGUGCAGAACUCUUCACGUAUCCCAUGGAUGUGACCAAGACGCGUCUGCACCUGCAGGGCGAGGCGGCAGAGAAGUCCGGACAGGGUAAACCACGACGCGGCAUGUUCGGCACUGCGUUGGGCAUGGCUCGAGAGGAAGGUUUGAGUGGACUCUAUUCUGGUCUCUCCGCCAUGAUCUUCCGGAAUCUGUUCUUCAAUGGUUUGCGUGUGGUGUUGUAUGACUGUCUGCGUUGCAGAUUGUCCUAUGUGGAUCCGGCCAGUGGCAAAGAUGUGUUGACAGUGUCCCGUGGCAUUAGUGCCGGUGGUCUGGCUGGUUGUGCUGCUCAGUUUAUAGCCAAUCCUCUAGACAUUGUCAAGAUCCGCAUGCAAAUGGAGGGCAGGCUUCGGGCUCUGGGGUAUCCUGCGCGUGUGAGCAAUGUGAGGCAGGCGCUGGGCGAUGCCUACCAGCAUGGCGGCCUGCGUUCGUUGUGGAAGGGCUGCGGUCCCAGCUGUGCUCGCGCCAUGCUACUGACAGCUGGUGACACGGCCUGCUAUGACCUCAGCAAACGUCACUUUAUGUCCUGGCUACAUAUGCCCGACGGUCUGCUCAUUCAAUUUCUGUCCUCUGUCUCGGCGGGCUUUGCGGCCAGUGCUCUGAGCACACCCACGGAUGUGGUGAAGUCGCGUAUUAUGAAUCAACCCACAGAUAAAUUUGUUCAGGGUCUGCACUAUAAGAACGCCUUCGAUUGCUAUUACAAGCUCAUUAGCCAGGAGGGUCCCUUGGCCAUGUACAAGGGCUUUAUACCCUGCUGGGUGCGCAUUGGUCCUUGGUCGCUGGUGUUUUGGUUCACCUUUGAGAACCUCAGGAAGUUGCAAGGCCAAACGGGGUUUUGAGUGCAGGUAAAUGUUAAGUUUACUCUGAAUCUCGC